AUGAUAAAACACAGCACCAACAAAGGUUCUAAUGUUGAUUGUUUGAUUCAUCAUCAUCAUCAUCAUCAUCAUCAUCAUCAUCAUCAUCAUCAUCAUCAUCAUCAUCAUCAUCAUCAUCAUCAUCAUCAUCAUCAUCAUCAUCAUCAUCAUCAUCAUCAUCAUCAUCAUCAUCAUCAUCAUCAUCAUCAUCAUCAUCAUCAUCAUCAUCAUCAUCAUCAUCAUCAUCAUCAUCAUCAUCAUCAUCAUCAUCAUCAUCAUCAUCAUCAUCAUCAUCAUCAUCAUCAUCAUCAUCAUCAUCAUCAUCAUCAUCAUCAUCAUCAUCAUCAUCAUCAUCAUCAUCAUCAUCAUCAUCAUCAUCAUCAUCAUCAUCAUCAUCAUCAUCAUCAUCAUCAUCAUCAUCAUCAUCAUCAUCAUCAUCAUCAUCAUCAUCAUCAUCAUCAUCAUCAUCAUCAUCAUCAUCAUCAUCAUCAUCAUCAUCAUCAUCAUCAUCAUCAUCAUCAUCAUCAUCAUCAUCAUCAUCAUCAUCAUCAUCAUCAUCAUCAUCAUCAUCAUCAUCAUCAUCAUCAUCAUCAUCAUCAUCAUCAUCAUCAUCAUCAUCAUCAUCAUCAUCAUCAUCAUCAUCAUCAUCAUCAUCAUCAUCAUCAUCAUCAUCAUCAUCAUCAUCAUCAUCAUCAUCAUCAUCAUCAUCAUCAUCAUCAUCAUCAUCAUCAUCAUCAUCAUCAUCAUCAUCAUCAUCAUCACCAUCAUCAAUAA